AUGGCCAGGGAGGAACUUGUUAGAAUGUUACAGAUCAUCACACAAAAACUUGAGAAUAUGGAGAAAUUUCAAGAGGAGAAUGAGGAGUAUAAAAAAAGGCAAGAGGUGAGGAUGAAUGCCAUAGCUGGUAUGGCUUUACAAGCAACUAGAAAACUGAGUUUCCUUGAAAAUAAUGAUAAUAGUGAAACUUAUGGCCCUAGGCAGAAUGAUGAUGAUAGAGGCCUUAAGAUUGAUCUACCCGAUUUUGAUUGUGGUCAUGAUAGUGAGUCUUUCCUUGAUUGGGUAAGGCAAAUUGAAAUCAUGUUUGAGUAUAAAGGCUAUGAUGAUAGGAGGAGGUUUAAACUGGCCAUUUUAAAACUCAAAAGUCUUGCUGCCCUAUGGUAUGAAAAUCUUAAGUCACAAAGAAGAAGGGAAGGGAAAGAGAAACUUGAUUCGUGGGAGAGACUAAAGAAAAAAAUGAAAGAGAAAUGGGGGCAUAUUGCAUCCGAAUGCCCUAGCAAAAAUGUCUUGACCGCAACUCAAUGUGCUCUAAUGGAUGAGGAAGAGAAACUCUAUCAUUUCAUUGCGGAUGAGGAUGAAUGUGAUAAGUUCGACAAUGAGUAUGAUGAGGAUAUACCACCUAAAAGUGAGAGCAAUAUGAUUGGAGUUGUGAGGAGAAUCUUGUAUAGUGAGCCUAAGAGUGACUUAAGGAAAAGAAACAAUAUGUUUCAUACUAGAUGUAAGGUUGGAGAAAAGACUUGUAAUGUUAUAGUUGAUGGUGGUGCCCAAACAGAUGUGAUCUCAUCCAAAGCUGUGAGUAAGUUGAAGCUUCAAACCAGGGAUCAUAAUGAGCCAUAUAAGCUUAAUUGGUUGAGUGAUGGAACUGAGGUUCGAUUCAAUAAGCAAGCCUUGGUUGCCUACUCCAUAGGCGGGUUUGAAGAUGAAAGAUGGUGUGAUAUUCUUCCAAUGGAUGCGUGUCACUUACUUCUUGGGAGACCUUGGCAGUUUAACCAUGAUACGGAGCACAAAGGUAAAUCAAAUGUAUAUAUUGUAACUAUCAAAGAAGGCAGAAAAGUUAGAUUGUUGCCUUUACCUCCCAAAGUUGCUAAGAAAGAAAAAGAGAAAAGCAACUUUCUUAUAACUUGUAAUGAAUUUGAAAAAAUAGUGGAAGAAAUAGGGGGUGGGUAUGCUUUAGUUGUAUGGGCCAAAGAAAAAAAGGGUACUUAUUGUGAUAACUCAUCAUCCCUUAAUGAGUUAUUAGAAGAGUACAAAGAUGUUAUUUCGGAUAACUUACCAAAAGGCCUUCUGCCACUUAGAGGCAUUGAGCAUGCCAUCGAUUUGAUUCCUGGGGCAUCCUUACCUAACAAGGCAGCCUAUAGAUGCAAUCCGAAAGAAAGUGAGGAACUUCAAAGGUUGAGAGGGCAGAAGUUGUAUGAAAAACUAGAAAAAUAUACUUUCAUGACUUCUAGUGUUGUAUUCCUAGGAUAUAUUAUAACAGGAGAGGGGGUGCAUGUAGAUCUCGAGAAGGUCAAGGCAGUACAAUCUUGGUUGGCUCCGAAGAAUGUGCACGAGGUGUUUGAGGUGGAAUGUGAUGCAAGCGGGAUUGGGAUUAGUGCAGUAUUGAUCCAAGAAAGAAAACCACUGAGCUAUUUUAGCGAGAAACUCAAUGGGGAUAAAUUGAACUACUCAACCUAUGAUAGAGAGUUUUAUGCGGUGGUUAGAGCCCUUAAUCAUUGGUCUCACUACCUUAGACCAAAAUCAUUUGUUCUUCAUUCUGAUCAUGAGGCCUUAAAGUUCAUCCAUGGGCAACAAAAACUCAACAAGGGGCAUGCAAAGUGGGUAGAAUUCCUUCAAACCUUCACUUUUAGCUCCAAGUACAAAGAUGGGAAAAGCAACGUAGUGGCCGAUGCUUUAUCAAGAAGAAGCUACUUACUUUCCAUGGUUGAUGACAAAAUCUUAGGUUUUGAACAACUCAAGGAGUACUACAAAAAUGAUCCUGAUUUUUCAAGUGAGAUGGAGAAUCCUACUAGUCAGUUUGUACGUCAAGAAGGAUUCCUCUUCAAAGUGGAGAGAUGUGCUACUUGCCAAAAGGCUAAGGGACACUUCAAAAGGGGUCUCUACACACCACUGCUGAUUCCGGAUAGACCAUGGGAUAGUGUAAGCAUGGACUUUAUUGUAGGCUUGCCAAGAACACAAAGAGGAAGGGAUAGCAUCAUGGUAGUAGUAGAUAGAUUCUCUAAAAUGGCACACUUUGUAGCUUGUAAUAAAAUAGAUGAUGCAGUAAGAGUAGCCGAGCUGUACUUCAAGGAAAUUGUCAAGCUGCAUUCCUUAAAGUAUAGUCUCCGAUAG